AUGAGUUAUGAGCAGGACAACAACCAUGUCUGUCUACCCCGGUCCGUUGACACCUCAGUGGUCAUGAAGGCCGAGGAGCGUGCUUGGUCCGCCAAAAGGUUGGAUACUACGAAACGUGUUUAUGCUCACGUGGUUCGAGGUCGCACGGCUGGCUGGUGGACUGCUCUUCUAACAUACCUCGUUUUCAUGGGCACAGUCCAACAUGAGGAUCCGUUCUGCUGGGAGAUCUACGAAGUAUCUGGUCACCAGAAAUCUAGAAAAUGUCUGACUCCGUUGCUUCUCACCGUCUCGGUCGAUGUUCAUACUGUACACGGCCCGGCAGUUCCUAGAAACAGUGUGAAAUCAUCUGCCGGUACAUGGCAACAUAAGCACAUCGUGCCAAGUUUGGUGGGCAAUCUGAUUCCCAGGAACGGCGUCAGACACGAGAUGAUGGAUUCAAGUCGCUCGGGCCACGCGGCUGUCGCCGAGGCAGAAUGA